CAACACAAAAAGACCUAGACACGCAGUACGAGUUUAGCUAUCAACUCGUGCAGACGUCAAUACCAAGUGUAAAAAACCCUCCUGAUUUUUUACAACCUUACACAAAAACCAGACAGUUUGCAGUCAAAACUACCUCAGUUUCGUCGAGGAAUUGCAGUGGACUUUUUCAGUGAUACUUUGUACGUACAUUCUCAGUUGAAAAUGAAGGCAUUUUACGCGGUUCUUCUGCUGGCUGUGUGUGUAGCACGAGCAUCGGCUCUGAAAUGCUACACAUGCACUGAUUGCCAUCUUUCUGGAUUUCUGGCAAUUGUCGAGAACUCGGCUGAAUGCAGUGUUUUUCAGGGCAGCUGCAGAAAGACAGUGACUGGCGGCGUUGUUUCUAGAGGAUGUGCAACAGGGGUCGAGUGCGAGGUAACUAACUUACUCGCAAAAUGCAGUAAGGGGGCGGAGGACAACUGCCAGAUCUGCUGCGACACCGACAACUGCAAUGGCGCCGUCGCAGCAAAGGGCUCCCUCCUGGGUCUCGCCCUGGCACUUGUGACCGCUGCGUUCAGUAGGUACUUGUAGUAUCUUAGGGGUCGAAGACAUGCACAAGCUUAGAGUUGAUGUUAGGAAGUAACCCAUAAUCAUGUUUUGGGACUAAUUAUUAAAAACGAUCUGGCAUGACUCAAAGUCCAACAGUCCAUUUCUCAAAGCUGUAAGUUAAUUUUGGUGUUAUCUGAAAUAGUAAUAAUUAUAGUUGACAAUCAUUAUAGCUAGCUCGUAAACUCAGAAUCUUUACUGGACCGGAAUCAAAAUGAGACCACAAAUUAACUUUUCAUUUUAGGCAUUUCUUUCAAGCAACUUAAAGGCACUCGACACAAUUGUCAAAGACCAGUGUUCUCACUUGGUGUAUCCCAUCAUAAGCAUAA